AUGACGCCCGGUUUAAAAACCAUCAUUUCUCUCUCGUUUGUUCUUGCGAUCGGCUUCCUUCUCGUCAUCCUUUCAGCGGCAUUAUGGCAUAACUACCUCCCACUUCUAGUUGUUGCAACAUAUGUGAUUGCUCCACUACCAAAUUGGAUCUGUGGUCGCUGCGCGAAUCCGGAUGAUUUUAUGGAAGCACCCGGCAGCGGUGUGGUCGAUUUUGGACGCUGGCUUACCGGGUUCUUCGUGGUUAUGGGAAUUGCCCUACCGGCGCUCUUGGCACAUAGUGGUGCAAUUCAGGUUCCCGCGAUGGUUAUGUCUGUCAUAGGGGGUCUCCUAAUAUACGGCACGAUAAUCAGCUUUUCGAUGUUUUUCCAGGAACAAGAAGAGUUUUAA